UCAGGUUUUCAGUUUUGGUAUUAGUUUUCAGUUUCCCAAUGAUUUGCAGAGCCACUGUAUCAAGGGACGGAAAUUUCUUCCUCAGCCUAAUAAACAGGGCCAAAACACACUCGCAUCUCAACCAAACCCACGCCCAAAUUAUCCACAACAAUAUUUUGAACGACAACAUUACAAUAACAAAACUGGUACAGAAACUCCUGGACCUCAAAGCUACAGCCCAAGCUAAGCUCCUCUUUACGCACACGAAAUCACCUGACCUCUUCCUCUACAAUGUCCUUAUUAAAGGCCUUAAAGCAUACCCCUUUGAUUCUCUCCUUGUGUACAAAAAUCUACGCCAACAAACCACCUUAGUUCCUGAUAAUUUUACCUACUCUUUUAUUAUUUUUGCAUUUUCAGGGGCUUCGUUAUCUGGGUCUGAGAAAUUUGGCGUUUUGCUUCAUGGGCAGGCAAUAAUAUCUGGCUUUGGCACGGAUUUGUUUGUGGGCUCGGCUUUGGUUGAUAUAUACGGUUCUUUGGAACACUGUGAUAUCUGGGUUUUCAAUGGCAUGGUUAAGAGGACAAUGCGGAUUGACUCAACUACAUUAGCCGUGGUUCUUUCAGGUAUAGCUGAGUUGCAGGAGAUGAGUUUUGGGAUGAUGCUUCAGUCUUUGGCUUAUAGGUUGGUUGCCAUUUUCACGAGCAUGUGCUUACUGCCGGAUUUGAUUGCAUACAAUGCAAUGAUUUCUGGUUAUUCUUUUAAUAACAAAACCGAGUCAUCAGUUCAGCUAUUCAAAGAAUUGCUUUUUUCAGUGGAAAAAGUUAAUUCAAGUACUAUGGUCGGUUUAAUCCCAGUGUUCCAUCCGUUUGGUCAUUUGGAACUUACGAGUUUAAUUCAUGGGUUUUGUUUUGGCAUCUUGGAACUCCACGAUAUCAGGCUAUGCCCAAAAUGGCUUUCUCACUUUUUCGUGAAAUGCAGAAUCUUGAUAUUAAUCCAAAUCCUGUCACAUCCUGUCACAAUUACCAGUAUACUAUCUGCAUGUUCUCAACUUGGUGCUUUAAGUUUGGGAAAAUGGGUCCAUGACUUGAUUAAGAGGGAGAGUAUUGAGUCUAACAUCUAUGUGGCCACAGCUUUGAUCGACAUGUAUGCGAAGUGUGGGAGCAUUAAGGAAGCGAGGAGAUUAUUUGACAUGACGAGGGAUAAAAAUGUGGUGACUUGGAAUGCUAUGAUUUCUGGGUAUGGCCUCCAUGGACAUGGACAUGGACAUGAAGCACUACUGCUUUUUGAUGAGAUGUUAUGUUCUGCAGUUCCCCCAACAGGGGUUACUUUCCUUUCCAUUUUGUAUGCUUGCAGUCAUGCUGGCUUGGUAACAGAAGGAGAGAAAAUUUUCCAUUCAAUGGUCCAUGAACACUGCUUCAAGCCCAGUCCCGAGCACUAUGCAUGCAUGGUGGACAUCCUUGGCCGAGCUGGAAAAUUGCAAGAUGCCCUGGAAUUUAUAAAUGGUAUGCUAAUUGAGCCAGGUCCUGCAGAAUGGGGUGCACUGCUGGGCGCUUGCGUGAUUCACAAGGAUACUAACUUAGCUCAUUUGGCAUUUGAUAAGUUGUUUGAACUGGAUCCUGAAAAUGUAGGAUACAAUGUUCUACUGUCAAACAUAUACUCAACCGAGCAUAAUUACUCUUGGGCUGCUUUAGUACGUGAAGUUGUUAAGAAAAGAAAUCUGGUGAAGACCCCUGGUUGCACUUUGAUUGAGGUCAAGGGACACCCUCAUGUCUUUAUGUCUAGUGACUGGUCCCACCCAGAAUCAAAAUCAAUUUAUGCAAUGCUUGAAAAGUUAAUAGAUAAAAUGAGGGAUGUUGGAUACCAGAUGGAGACCAUCACAGCAUUGCAUGAUGUAGAGGAAGAAGAGAAGGAGCUAAUGGUGAAAGUUCAUAGCGAGAAGUUGGCCAUUGUUUUUGGUCUUAUAACAUCUGAACCGGGAGAAGAGAUUAGAAUAAUUAAAAACCUUAGGGUUUGCCUUGACUGCCAUAAUUUUACCAAAUUUGUAUCUAAAAUCACUGAGAGAAUAAUCGUCGUGAGGGAUGCUAAUAGGUUUCAUCAUUUUGAAGACGGCACUUGUUCUUGUGGAGACUACUGGUAGUACUUGUGUACUGAUGAAGAUUAUCACACAGGGAAAGGGAGAUUCUCUUUAAUUAUUGUUUUCCUGGCAUAACAAGCUAUCAUCAAUCAAGAAACUCCAUUCUAAAUUCUUUUCAUAUAGACAUUAUUCAUAUUUUCUAGCCACAAACAUAUCAUAGGAACUCAUAAGGGAUUUGACUUUUCUAUUAAUUCAUACGGAUUAAAUAAAAAAAAAUUCUUGAAGGGAUGAAUAACAAACAAUAUCUGUACUUGUUCUACCUCGUAUUUUGUUAUGAAAAGAAUGAACCUUUUUGCCUACCCUGGAUGUUAGAAUGCUAACCAACCAGCUAU